AUAAAACCCUCCUUUAAAAAACUCUUUAUUUCAAAACCCUCUUCUCUCUCUAUAUAUCAAAACCCAGCUGCUAUGGCGAUGAGCAUCAUUGUUCUCCAUUACUUCUUGCUCUCCGGUUAAGAUUAUAGUUUUGAACUGGGAAUUGUAUCUGUGCUGUAAGUGGGUUUCCUAAGCACUAUUGGCAUUCAGCAUAAUAUACACAUUUAUAAUGGAUUUAAAAUCUAAAGGUAUAGCCUGGGUUGGCAACAUUUGCCAGAGGAUUGAAACAAUGUGUCAUGAAGUGGAUAACAUUGUGAACCAGGAUGCUGUUAGAUAUGUUGAAAAACAGGUGCACACAAUGGGUGAGAGCAUGAAAAAAUUUUGUUCUGAUGUUCAAGAUUUAAUUCCACCUAUAGUGGAUCCAGUAAGUUGUGAAGCUCAAGCAGUGGCUCUAAAAGCAAAUGUCGCUGUUAGCACCUAUAUUAAAUCAAGGAUUGGUCUUGAGGAAAAUCAUGGACAUGCAUCUUGUAUAAAGCAGUCACUUGUGGAGCCCAGUGACUUUGAUACUGUGAAGAAUCAGCCCAGCAAUAAGCUUAGUGGAAACCACCUUGUAAAUCAAUCAAAUACUCAAAGUUCUGGGCUAUCCCUUGAGGGGGAAAAGUCUGACUUAGCUCCUGGAAAAAUUGAUGAUGUUUCACCCAGUAAUGAGCUUAGUGGACACCACCUUGUAAAUCAAUCUAAUACUUCAACUUCUGUGGAAUCCCUCGAGGGAGCAGAAUCUGAUUCAGCUCUAAAAAUUGAUGAAGUUUCACCCAUUAUUGAGCUUUGUGUAAACCAGCUUUUACAAUCAAAUACUCCAACUUCUGGGGAAUCCCUCAAGGGGGAAGAAUCUGACUCAGCUUCAAUAAAGACUGAUGAUGUUUCAACAAAUGGGAACUCUGGCUUGAGCAUGGAAGAAAUUGCAAUGAAGGAUAAGUCCAAUGCACCUGAGGCUUUUGAGUUAGUUGCUCCUCAUGAGAAAGAAAUGUUACUGUCCAGUGAAUUCGCUGGUUCUAAUUGUGAUCUUGUGCCUGUUUCUCUGCCUGAGUUUUCACCAGCAACUUCAUUUCAUGGAGAGGAGUUCCAGGCCCAUCAAAAGGUGGAAAUCGUUUGUUACAGCCCUGCAGAUGACUCUGACUCUCUUUCUGAUGAUUCAAGUGCUGUUACGCUACCUGAAAUGGCUUUUUCAGUUGCCCCCUUCUGUGGUUCCAUAUUCACAGAACCUCGUACUCUGCCUGAGAAUUCAUUUAGUGACAUCCUCGCAAAAGUAGUAACUUAUGGUAACCAUGAUAAUGUGGCUGGCCUUGAUUCUGAUAAUUCCAAUGUACUUUUGUCUUCUAUGUGUGCUCCAAUUGUACCCAGUAACAGAGAGGUAGCAGAGGCAGGACAUACUUGUUCCAACAGUGUCCUGUCAUUGGAAUCAACAGACUUUGGAAUGGAAACCAUUGAUGUGUCCGACAAGGUGAAGCUUGAGGACAGCUGUGUCAUUGUGGACAAUAGUAUGCUUUAUGAAGUCUCUCGUAGAACCCACAAACUCAGAUUAUACAAGAAAAAAAUCCAGGAUGCCUUUACUUCUAAGAAGAAGCUCAGCAAGGAGUAUGUGCAACUAGCAAUUUGGUAUGGAGACCUUGAUAUAGAGGGCAGCCAUGAUACAUUGCAGGGCCAUUUGCAAUCUGGCACCACUGUAACCUUGGACUCUGAUUUCCGAAUGCAUCAUAUGCAUGACUCUGAAUGGGAGCUAUUGUAAAAAACUCAAGAAGUCUAAUGUUGAUAACAGCCCGUGGUUGGGCAGCCUAUUCUUCAGGUAAGCAAGUUCAAGAUGAUGUCACUCCUUGUGAAUAACCAUAGUUGACGGCUCCCACUUCUAGUAAAUAGGUACAGAAUAAUAAUUUUUAGGCAAUAAUUUAUCAAAAUUCUGAUUAUGAAAAGUUGCUACAAAAUUCAACUUA